UAGGUUUAUGAUAUGUGGGUUGUUCUACGAGGCUGCUUUUGUUUAUACCAAAACAAUCAUACUAUUGCUUGGUUACACAAACCGCGUAUUUCAGUUGAGGGUGAGUAUGAUAGUGUUGGAAUGUGUGCUGUGACAGUUUCUAUGUUUUUCCCUCGCAGCCUUAUACGACAGUACUGUGCUGUAACCUGUUUACACAUUUUGAUUCAGUCCUAUCAUAAUUACCUCCUGAUGACUAGUUACCUAUUUUAUUGCAUCGUUUCACGUACCACGUAUUAUGCGUACCUUCAUCCAGGUACAGUACAAUGUUGAGACGCUGUAACUCUGACAAUGAAGCGGACACUGAGGGACUUUUUCAGUGGUACCACUGUCAGGAGCAGCAAAGGAGUAAGUGCAGGCCCAGCUACAGACCCCUCCAGAACCAGAGCAGGUCCAGCUACAGACCCCUCCAGAACCAGAGCAGGUCCAGCUACAGACCCUUCCAGCAGCAGCAGCACCAGUGCAGGCCCAGUUACAGACCUCUCCAGAACCAGAGCAGGUCCAGCUACAGACCCCUCCAGCAGCAGCUCCAGAGCAGGCCCAGUUACAGACCUCUCCAGAACCAGAGCAGGUCCAGCUACAGCUCGCCCCUCCAGCAGCAGCACCAGAGCAGACCCAGCUACAGCUGGCCCCUCCAGCAGCAGCACCAGUCCAGGCCCAGCUAUAGACCUCUCCAGCACCAGAGCAGGCCAAGCUACAGACCCCUCCAGCAGCAGCAGCACCAGUCCAGGCCCAGUUGCAGACCCCUCCAGCAAAAGAGCAGGCCCAGCUACAGACCCCUCCAGCAGCACCAGUCCAGGCCCAGUUACAGACCUCUCCAGAACCAGAGCAGGCCCAGCUACAGACCCCUCCAGCAGCAGAGCAGGCCCAGCUACAGACCCCUCCAGCAGCAGAGCAGGCCCAGCUACAGACCCCUCCAGCAGCAAUUUGCCAAUAUGCUGGAAUUUAAAACAAUAUGAACACUUCAAGACCAAAUUCCCUUUCAUAUAUGUUUCAAAUAAAGCCCUAGGAUGUGAGGUUUGUAGGGAUGCAGCUUCAGCAGGAGUUUUUAAGUCAGGACCCAUAAGGCAUUCCUUUUCUUCUGAAUGGCAAAAUGCCAGAGUAACUCCUUAUGGAAACACAAAAGAUAAGCAAAUGAAAUCAUUGAGAAAAAAACUACAUGACCACAAAACCUCCCACAGUCACAAGCUAGCUCAGUCAGUUUAUCAGAAAACACCUGAGGCUUCAUUAGAAGACAGUUUUCUCAGAGCACAGCAAGAAAAGUUGAGCACAACUGAAAAGGUCUUCAGAACGGCAUAUUAUAUUGCCAAAAAUAACCGACCGUUUACAGAUCACCCGGGCCUCAUAGACUUACAAACACUCAAUGGGCUCAACAUGGGCAGAGUCCUCCACAGUAAUGUGGUAUGCACUGACAUUGUUCAUUUUAUUGCUGAAGAGAUGAAGAAAUCCCUAAUGUCCAGUAUCAGGCGUACAAAGCCCAAGGGGUCUAUCCUGAUGGAUGAAAGCACUACAGUGAGUAAGAAAUCCUGUCUUGUUAUAUACUUACGAGCAUCUGUGGCAAAUGCAGACCCACUUACAUUUUUCUUAAAUGUCAUUGAGCUGGAAAAAACUACAGCAGAUGGCAUUACUGAUGCAUUGAUCCAGUGCCUCGUGGACAAUGGACUAGAUGAUGACUUUCUGAAGGACUGUUUUGUUGGAUUUUGCUCAGAUGGGGCAUCAGUGAUGCUGGGUAAAAAGGCAGGCGUAUAUGCAAAACUUAAAGCAAAAUACCCUGACAUUGUGGGAUGGCACUGUCUCAAUCAUAGGUUGGAACUCUCAGUUGGUGAUGCAGUAAAGUGCUGUGUUGAGACUAACCACUUUACAAGCUUCCUCGACAAAUUGUUCAGUCUUUACAGCCAAUCACCCAAAAACAUCAGAGAACUUAACAGUGCUGCAGCAUCAGUGGGAACACAAUUGCGGAGGAUAGGUCGGGUUUUAGGUGUGAGGUGGGUAGCUUCCUCCUACAGAACUGUUGAGGCUGUGUGGAACAUGUAUAGUGCCCUGCACAAGCACUUCACAAGUGCUAGUCAAGAUUCGGCUAGAACCUCUUUAGAGAGGUGUAUGUAUGAAGGCCUGGGAGAUAAACUGUCAUCUGCAGACUUCAUUAAAAAUCUUGGACUUAUGUAUGAUGCUUUGGAGGAACUUAAAGAUUUAUCAGAAGCAUUACAAUGCAGAGACAUCCGUCUCUCUGAAGCGAUGAAAAAAAUAAAAAGACAGGCUGAGAUUUUUUCAGCAAUGGGGGAGGAAAAAGGGGCAUACUAUAAACUUGCUUGUCAGGGUGUUGAAGAAGGUGUUUUCAAAGGGGUGCCAGUGAGAACAGGUGGGAGGCAAACAUUGAUUCCACCUCAGAAAUUCUUUCACACUUUGAGUAAUAGCAUGCUGUCCAGGAUGGUCACAGAGGGUGAACUAGAACUUUAUGAGCUGCUGAAUAUUCUUAAUCCCGAAACCUGGCCAACUGUGCCAGUCUUAUUUGGAGAGGCCGAAUUAAGGCUGCUUUGUACCCGUCUUAAAAUCCACUUCACAAAUGUCAAGCAAGAUUUCAGAGACCUUAAGGACAGUGGCUUGCCACUGAAAGGAGGACUGAUACAGUUGAAACAUGCAGGAGACACACUGGCCGUCAGUACUGCAGAGUGUGAAAGAGGGUUCUCCCUAAUGAACAACAUAAUUUCACCCAUUCGCAAUCAACUAAAAGUUGAGAAUUUGUCAUAUUUAAUGUUCAUUAACUUAGUGGGCCCACCACUGGAGUUAUGACCCGGCGGUCUGCAGACCAUAUGUCUUGUAAAGUGAGGCAUGAAAGCCACCACAAGCUUGACAUGAGUGCCAUUUGGAAUGUCAUGAAUUGAAGGUGCACUGUGUAGGAUGGUGGCCACAGUAUGUAUUGCAACUAAACUGCUCAUUAAAACUGCUGCCUAUUGCCAAACAAAAUGACUUGUCAAAGGACAAAUGGGUUAUGUUAUUGUUGUGAUAUGUGCAUAUGAGAUAAAUAACUA